AUGAAAGUGUUGGGCAGAUAUAACUAUGCGUCUGGAUAUGGCGAAAGCUCUGUGGUGGCGCAUGGAUACGAUGAUCUGGGCGAGAGAGUCGUGAUAAAAAAUAUGGGUAAAGGCAAGGAGGUUCACAAGCAAAUCCUCAAGGAGUUUGAGAUCAUGGUAAAUUGCAAACAUGAAAACGUUUUGGACGUGAUUGACAUGGGGCUAGACAAGGACGGGAAUUACUACAUGGUAUUCGAGCAUACUAAUGGUAACGUGUUGGAGUAUCUACAAAUGGACCUUUCGAAAGCUGGCAAAGAAUCGGAGCUUGGUUCGAGGUUUUUCACCAGGGAAGAGAAGAUCAAGGAGAUAAUGCGCCAGCUCCUUCUAGGGCUUGCAUGGCUGCAUGAACGUGGGGUGGCGCACCAGGGCAUGACAAAAGAUAACGUCCUGGUGAAGGUCAAAGGAUGUGAUUUCAAGGUGAAGCUGGGCGAUUUUAGCUGUGCGAGGAGGCUUUGCAACAAUCCCCCAGAAACAACCCUGAAAGUGGGAACUGCAGUGGACAUAUGGAGUGCUGGGAUAUUGCUAGUGGGGAUGAUCUUGCCAUUGGAAAUGCCUGAGCUACCAGAGAAAGAGGCUAAAGGAGAGGUGUUGGAGACGAUCAAAAAAUUUCUCCGGGCUUUGGAUGAUUUAAUCAAGGACAAGGACGCCCUGGAGUUAGUCAAAUCGAUGCUAGCGUCUGAUCCAGUUACUGCCCGGCAAGCUUUAGCUUUCAGGAACGCUGAGGACAUGUCUGGGAUCGUCAAGAGAGCACCACCACUACAAGGGCUGGACAUGAUCAAGGAAGCUCAAGGAGAAUAUGCUGCUUGCAGCACAGGCAACUAA